AUGGCCUCCUUCAUCCGCGCAAAGCAGGCGGGCGUCCAAACGGACUUAUCGGCCAACAUCCAACCCACCCAUUUCAUGCCCGACGAACAAGCCCGGUACGGCAUCAACUCCCAAAUCAGCUGUCUGGCCUACGACCCCGUCCAGUCACUGCUAGCAGUCGGCACCAACGAGUCCAAGUUCGGCCCCGGCAAGAUCUACGUCUUCGGUCAACGCCGCGUCCACAAGUUCUUCUGCCCUCCUCGAUCAUCCUCCAUCCGCGAGCUACGCUUUGUCGCCAACCGCCUCAUCAGCCUCGACAGCAAGAACGAACUGGCGAUAUGGAACCUCGACACGGGCAACCAGGUAGCCAAAUACGUAUACUCGGGCGUCGUCUGCUUGGUGACAGAUCCCAUGCUGGAUUGGGCCUUUGUCGGAUUACAGAGCGGUGAUAUCGCCGCCUACGACCUCGACCGCGAACGGCCCUCGACUUUCCGCAUUCCCAACUUUUGGCGCGAAAGAGAUCCCAACCCCACCGCUGGACGACUGGUGUCUAUGCAGCUACAUCCGAGAGACAUCGGCAAGAUCUUGAUUGCGUAUACCAAUGGAGCCGUCAUCUACUCGUUCAAGCAGAAUAUUGUCCAGAAAUACUUGGAGUAUGAGCUUCCCGCUGGAGCUCCAGGUGGUGAUGGCCAUGGAAUGCACGCGGCGAGGAAACCAAAGGUUGUCCAUGCGGCUUGGCAUCCUACGGGCACUUUCGUCUUGACUGCUCAUGAAGAUGGGAGCAUUGCCAUCUGGGAUACCAAGGAGGGUAGGCUGGUUACUGCCAGAUCUCUGUACCAUACCAAGGUCAACGAACCUACUGCCAACCCACCCAGACCGAUGCGUCUUGCUCCGUUUCUCCGCAUCUCCUGGUGCUGCCAGACUGAUCCCGACAACACCGGUCUGUUAAUUGCUGGUGGGCAUAACAUCGACGAUCCCACCGCAAGUAAUCUCACCUUCCUCGAACUGGGUCCUACCCCCAUCUACGCUACUUCCUCUUGGGAAGUUCUCGCUGCUCACUUUGACGGCAAGCGCUCCGUUCCCAUCACCACACCUCCGGGUGCCUCAGUGGUCAACUACGUCCUUAUCCCGCGGUCGUCGCCAUACUUCAACGGUGCCCAAGAUCCCAUUGCCAUUCUGGUCCAGCUUUCGUCGGGUGAGCUGAUCACCUUGACCUUCCCCUCCGGUUUUCCGAUUUCCCCAACCAACAUGCUCCACCCCAGCUUAUCAUUCGUCCACCCCUUUGUGCAAAAAGUUGCUGUCAGCACCGUACCGAGGGCACGAUGGCUGGGUAUGGCAGAGAAGAGGUCGCUCGGGGAGCAGAUCCUCCGCGGAGGAGUCGAAUAUUCGCACCGAACGCGCAAAGAGCAGCGGAACAUCGUCCAAGUCUUACACGCGGAUAACAUUGUCCGCAUGUGGGAUAUCGGCAGAGGGGACGAGAUUGAGAACGCCACGCAAUGUCAAGUAGACGUCGCCAGGUCUCUUAGCCGCUUCGAAGGCGGCGUGGAGACCACGGCUAUGCACAUGGCGCAGGAGACGGGAGAGUUUGCGGCGGGAACAAAGACUGGUGAGGUGAUUGUUUGGCGGUGGGGAAUCAACAAGAACUUUGGCAGAGAGGACCCAAGAGUUGGGGAGUGUGAGAGGGGUGGACUGAUGGAUAUUUCUUCGCGAGCGGAACCGUCACUCAAGGAAGGACUGCAGCCGUUUGUGAUGCAUAACAUGGCUCAGGGGAGGGUGAGCGUGGUGGCGGUGUCGGAUGUGGGCUUUGUGGCUGCUGGCUCGGAAGGCGGGUAUUUGUCGAUUAUUGACCUGAGAGGGCCAAAGGUGAUUCAUUACGGGAGUGUCACAGAAUGGUCCAAAGCAGAGAAGAGGGGUUUGUUCAAGCAUUCGUCCGGCUCCAGUCAUGGCGGGAAGCCGGAGUGGCCUACAGUUAUCGAGUUUGGAGUCAUGACGCUUGAUGGGGAGAAUUACUCGAGUAUCUGCUGUUUCGUGGGCACGAAUCUGGGAAGGGUUGCGACUUUCAAGCUGUUACCUUCUGGCCAGGGGUACACGGUGCAGCUGGCGGGUGUUGCGAAUAUGGACGAUAAGGUGGUGGCUAUUUGUCCUAUUGAUGUCCAGACGGGUAGAGAGGCGGGCGCUACGGGACCGGUUGUCGCUGGUUUGAGAGAGGGGAGAAUGGUUGAUGGUGUUUUGGUUGCUGUCACCCAAACAGAAUCCAAAAUUUUCCGCCCCCCUAACGCCCGCGGUGCCUCCAAGUCUUUUGACUCCGGCAUCCUCUGCGACGCCGCCUGUGUCACCCCCGCCGACACCUCCAUCUCCACGUACGGCUACGCCCUCGUCGCCGUCUUCAACGACCGUUCUCUCCGGUCAUACACCCUCCCCGGUCUCCGCGAGAUCGCCAAGCGUCCGUUGCCCAUGCUCGACCCUUUACGUACCGUAUCAACCGUCAUUUCCAAAACAGGUGACGUCCUCGGUUUUACCGGUCCUUCGGAAAUCACCGUUUUGCCAGUCUGGGGCGGCACCGGCCGUUCCCUAGAAAAUACCCUCGACACAAUGAUCAAUGUCAACCGCGAGUUACCCGCCAGACCAACAAUCUCCAACGUCCAAUGGCUUUCAGGGACACAAUACAUCUCCCCCACGGACCUUGACUUACUUAUCGGCGGGCCCGAGCGUCCUGCUUCCAAGCGCAUGCUAGCAGCAACAGAUGCAGAACGCAGCGGUGCGGGGAUCUACAAUCCCGCUGCCGCCGGUGCAGCGGGAUCAAGUACUGCCAGACUUCAAGGACAGGUCAGAGAGACGGAGGGAUGGGGAGAUUAUUUGACUAGACAACUGAAUGAGCGCACGGAAAAGCUGAAUAUCAUGGGUGACAGCAUGGAUAAUCUGGCGAAUACCACGGGGAAGUGGGCGGAGGAUGUGGAUGGGUUUGUUAAGAAGCAGAAGAGGGAUUUUUUGUUGGGGGGGAUUAAGAAGAGUUUCUUUUGA